ACAGGAAAAGGAGAUCUGAUUGGCUCAGACCUGCCUGGCCAGAAUCAUGUGAUCAAGACGAAUGCAGAUGUAAAGGCACUGACAUAUUGUGACCUGCAGUACAUCAGUAUGAAAGGUUUAAGUGAUGUUCUUGAACUAUAUACCGAGUAUGCCAGCAUCUUUACUACUGACAUCCACCAAAACCUCACAUACAAUCUGAGAGAGGGCAGUGAGACUGAGCAGAACUACCCAGACUCCAGUGCAACAACUGAGAAUAAGCAUCCAUCCAUUAUAGAAAAGGCUGAUGAUCCAGACAAGUACUUCCAUGUCCCACCUGCUUCCAAUACAUGCCGAAAUCUUCUUCUGCCCAAUAUAAGCAGCCCAGUACGACGUACAUCACUGGGGAAUCUUUUGGGGGAAGAGUUACGGCAGUUCAACACCCUGCGACAGUGUCGUUCACCUGUCAGGGGCUGGAGUCCAAACCCUUCCCCCAAACAUCAGACCAAAGUACAGAAACAAACCCAUCCUCCCUCAUCUACACCCAAAUCCACCCAUAGGACACAGACAGAUUCUGGAGGUACAGGAUGCAAACCUGCCAAACUGCUCAUACCCACUCUCAACUGCUUUGGACCACCAGAUCUUAGUCCAAGAGUUGUAGAUGGAAUUGAGGACAACGGACAUGUGUUUCAUUUUAAUGUUGAGGACACCACGGCCAAAACUAGUACAGUGACAUCACUGGGUAAUAAGACACUGGACGGGUCUGGUCAGGUGAAUGCGUCACUGCUUCAGGAUACAAAGGAAGUGAAAGAGACCAUUGACCAACUCAACAAGAAGAUGGGCAACCUGAAACAGGAAGUGUCAAUUUGUGCAGGUGGAUCUGGUUUCUCUCAGCACACUGAGAAACAGGAACACUUUCACCAGCAUGAGCCUAAACAACCCUCUCCCGUCACAGCAAAUGAGCCCUGUUCCCAUGACUGGAGUUCUUUGUACACCUCAGUUCCCUCCAAUAUCAGCCACCAUCACUUAUCUACUGGCUCCUCUCUCCAUAGCAUCAGCCCAGGAACCCAGGGGCCAACACCUGGAGAAAGCCCCCGAGCAGAGGGCUUAUCCCUGGGCAUUUGUGCCGGAGAUAGAGCCCAUGCCAGUAUCAGCCAGUCACACCCUGUUUUGCAUACAUUAAUUCCUCAAACAUUGGGCAGUUCAUCUUUUUCUUGCCAGGUCACGCCAAGCUCGUAUUCACACCUACACCUUUCCACAGAACCAGCGUUUCCCUACCCCACUCCAACCGAGGAUGAAGAGCACAGGACUCCAGAGGUGGCCCUCAAUCAGAAUGUGGUACCUUCCACUUUCCUACAAGAGAAUUCUCCACCCUCUCCAAAGGAAUCGGUUGUAGUUCACUCAUCUCUUGAGGAGUCAUCUGAAGUAGAGCACACCAGUCGGGAGAGCCUACUGGGUAAUCAAAGGCUGGGCCAAGAUAGUGAGACAUCAGAGAGAAGGUCUAGUGGGUCCAGUGUAGGAAUUUGUAGCCAAUCUGAGAGCUCAGAGACCACAUGGUGCCUGGAUCUGAUGGACUGACAAUGAGGAAUGACUAUAAUCAACCC